AUGGCUACCGAAAAUUUUACUCAUACUCUUCGUCCUUUCUUUGAUGGAACGGAUUAUCCAAAUUGGAAAUUCCGUAUGGAAAACAAUCUUGAUAUGGAUGGUGUGAACUUAUGGCAUAUGGUUCUUGAUGGUUAUGUGGCUCCUACUCAAGACUUGAAUGGUGCUAAUGCUCUCAACCGGAAAGCUAUUUGUGUGAUCUUUUCUUCUUUGUGUAGAGAAGAGCAAGGAAGGGUUCAACAUUGCACAACGGCUCAUGAUAUGUGGAAGAUUCUUGAGAACUACCAUGAAGGAACAGUUCAAGUUAAGAAUAAGAAGGUUGAGCUUCUCAUUGGAGAAUAUGAAGGGUUCAAGAACAAGCCAAAUGAGACCGUCACCGAAACUACCAAUAGACUCUUUGGCAUUACCACCAAUCUCAAGAAGCUUGGUAAGCACUAUACUCUUGGUGAAAUCAAUGGCAAAAUUCUUCGUUCAUUGCCUCUCCUUGAUUGGCAACCAAAGAUAACCGCCAUUAAGGAAUCCCAUGACAUAAGGAAUUUGAGAACCGAUGAGCUUAUCGGAAACUUACUUCUUCAUGAGAUGACUUACAUGAAAGAAAUUCAAGAAUUGAAGAAGUCUCAAGAAGAGAAAACUAAGGGAAUUGCUUUGAAGGCUAAAGAAAUUGAAAGUAAGGUUGAAGAGGAGCUUAAUGCAAGUGAUGAAGAGAUGGUGUUAUUGUCUAAGAAAGUAAGGGAAUGGAGAACAAGGAAGAAGUCUCAAGUUCAAAAAUAUGAGCAAAAGGGUGAGUCCUCAAACUUCAAGAGAUCAUCCAACUCUAAACAAGAGACUCCUACUCCUAGAAGAGAUGUUACUUGCUAUUGUUUUGGCAAACCGGGUCAUACUAGACCGGAAUGUCGACAAGGGCAAAGGAAAUCCUUUCAAAAGGAUAAGAAGGGAUUCAUCACCACUUGGGAUGAUGAAAAUGAUUAUCAAUCCGAUGAAGAUUGCCAAGAAGAGGCAAGAGCAAAUCUUUGCUUCAUGGCUUUAGUUGAUGAGUCUCCAUCCGAGGUAAGUACUCCACCCUUUAUCUCUUGGGAUGGCAUAGGUAUAGAAUCUCAUGAUAGUACUAGUGGUAUUGUUGUUAUGAAAAAUGUUGCUAGUGCUACUAAUGUUGUUAAUAUUGAGAAUGCUUUGGUUGAUGACUCUUUGGUUUAUGAGAUUGAUGAUGAAUGCCAUGACAUGAUAAAUGAGUUAACCAACAAACAAUCUAUCCCUAAGCAAGAUGUAAAUGUCUUGCUUAAGGAAAAUAAAACACUAAAGAGUGAAAUUCUUUCUCUAAAUAGCUCUAUCUCAAGAUUUCACAAAGGGAAGGAAUCUUUGGACAAUCUUCUUCAUUCUCAAAGAAACCCAACCAUAAAAUUUGGGUUUGGCUAUAGUCACAAUCCCUAUUCCUCAAGUGUGACUACUUUUGUGAAAGCUUCUUCAUCUCAAACUUCUUCUAUAGAAGUUCCUCCUUCUUUGGUCAAACCAAAAGAGGUGAAGAAGAGGUAUGCUCAAGCUCCCAAGGCUAAGCCUUUUGUGGCCCCCAAGCCUAAGAGCAAAGUGGGUACAAGACCCCCUAGACAUACUCAUGCUUCUCAAUAUAGUCACAAAUGGGAGAAGAGAAGUAUGAAAAAGAAUCAUGUUCAUUCAUAUCCUUAUGCUCAUUCUCAUAACUAUGCUCAUGCAUACACUUAUGAUCACUCUUGUGCACAUUGUUAUGCUCACACAUGUGAGGCUCCUAGAGCCAAUACUUAUCCAUCUUAUGCUCACAUGUCCCCUAGACUUCAAUGCGUUUAUUGCAUGAGAUAUGGCCAUAAGAAUGUUGAUUGCUAUGUGCCAAAGGAAACCGUGGUGAAUAAAACCAAAUGGUAUGUCGAUAGCGGUUCUUCUAGGCACAUGACCGGCCAUAUCUCCAACUUCACCCAAUUGGAACGUAAAAAGUUGGGAAAUGUCACCUUCGGUGAUGAUGCCAAAGGUCAAGUUGUAGGGAUUGGCAAAAUAGGUAACUCCUCUUCUCCUUCUAUAGAAAAUGUGUGGCUUGUUAAUGGUCUAAAACAUAACCUUUUGAGUGUAAGUCAAUUGUGUGAUAAGGGCUAUAAUGUCAACUUUGAUUCCAAAGCUUGCUAUGUUAUCCAACCAAUGGAUAACACGGUUAUCUUCAAAGGGCACCGAAGACUUGGUCAUGCUAGCUUAGACCUCUUAAAUAAGGUUAGCAAGGAUGAACUUGUCAAAGGUUUGCCCAAGCUAAAUUUUUCAAAAGAUAAAGUGUGUGGACCUUGUCAAAUGGGAAAACAACACAAGUCUUCUUUUAAAGCUAAAAAUGUUGUUUCCACCACUAGACCAUUACAAUUACUUCACAUGGACUUGUGUGGACCUAUGAGAGUUGCUAGCUUGUGUGGCAUGUCCUAUGCAUUUGUUAUCGUUGAUGAUUACUCUAGAUUCAAUUGGAAUUUCAAAAUGAGUCUUUUAAAACUUUUUGUGAAGAAAAUGGUAUUUCACAUAGAUCCUCUUGGAAAGGUUCUAGUGGAAGGUUAG